AUGGGAAACACAUAAAAAACAUUUAUAGUUUUUGUUCCUUAACAAAGCUCAUAUGUCGUAGAAUUUUUAGGAAAGUACAGCAAAGUUUUGAUGCCUGGUUUUAAUUUUUUGAUUCCAUUUUUAGAAAAAGUUGCUUAUCAGCAUACAUUAAAAGAACAAUCGUUUUAAAUUAGUGCUUAAAAUGCUGUUACAAGAGAUAAUGUUAUAAUUAAUGUUGACGGAGUUUUAUAUUUGAAGGUUCAAGAUCCAGUCAAAUGCUCUUAUGGAGCUAGAGAUCCUCUUGGAUAUGCCAAUAUUUUAGCUUAAAGUACUACAAGAAGUGAGAUCGGUAAUUUGACUUUAGAUCAAACAUUUGAAGAGCGUGGAUAAAUUAACUAGAGAAUUCUUGAAUAAAUACAAUCUGCUAUUGAAGUUUGGGGAGUUAAUUGCUUGCGUUAUGAAAUCAAGGAUAUUAAAAUUUCAGAAUCAAUCAAGAAAGUUAUGAAUUUAGAAGCUGAAUCUGAAAGAAAAAAGCGUGCAGAGAUUUUAAUUUCUGAAGGUCAAAAAACUUCUGAUAUUAAUAUGGCUGAAGCAGAUAGAAGAUCUAAAAUUCUACGUGCCUAAGGUAAGAGCUAGGAGAUAUUAUUGAAAGCAGAAGCUAUAGUCUAAAGAAUAAAUCAAUUAAACGAAGCUAUUUCUAAUGAAUAAGGUUAAAAGGCUGCCCAAUUUAAUUUGGCAUAGUAAUAUAUUGACACAAUAAAAAGUAUGGGAGGAUAAGAUAAAAACAUUGUUAUCAAUUAUAAUAUUUCUAAUCCUGAAGAAGUUGUAAAAAAAUCCUUAGAAUUAUUAGGUAAAGAAGACACUGAAAACAGUAAAUCUAAUUGA